CAGUCUUUUCUGCUGGACCUCCACCAGUUUACGAUUGUUUUCUUGGAUGGCAUGUUGCAGCUCUCUGAUCUGCCGCUCCUGCAAUUUAACGAGGGGUGAUUUACAACGGUAAAAUGGCAACACUUGAAGACAUAACAGACAAAGAUGGAGCGGAUUAUCCUCUUGUGCCUGGUUUCGACCUGUCUCUCGGCCAUACAUGCUCAGAAAUUUUUGUUCAGCCCAAAAUGGGGCCCCGUUGGCUAUAAAGAACGUGAAGAGAAUGAGGGGACAGCAAUGGAUGAAAUCAUUAAAGCUAAUGGGUUCCAAGCUUCCCGAAUCAUAGACGGCACUACCACUCUCAGAGAUGGAGACAUAGCUGUUUCUUCUGGAAGGCGCUCCAAAGUCUGCUUUGCUCGUAGCUGCCUCUGGUCUAAGUCAGUGGAUGGACAUGUCUAUGUUGCAUAUAGGCUCUCAACUGACUACUCUGAAAUGGAGACAAAGAUGAUAAAGAAAGGGAUGGAAAGUGUGGAGAAAGGUACCUGUGUGCGGUUUGUUCCUCGGACUCACGAGCGAGACUACGUCGACAUCCAGCCAAAGUCUGGGUGUUGGUCCUACCUCGGUGCGCGUGGUGGAAGACAGACUGUGUCUCUCCAGAGCCCCGGCUGCCUCCGGGUUGGAGUGAUCUCCCAUGAAUUCAUGCAUGCCCUGGGCUUUGUGCACGAGCAGUCCCGCUUUGACCGUGACAAAUAUGUCACCAUCAUGUGGCCAAACAUUUGGAGGGAUCGUUUGAGGAACUUUGAGAAAUUCAAGACCGACAAUCUGGACCUACCAUAUGACUAUGGCUCAAUCAUGCACUUUGGGAUGUUCGCCUACUCUCAGGAUGGCUCCCCAACCAUCAUUCCUAAGAACAACCAGAACAGCAAGGACAUAAAGCUUGGCCAGGCAUCGUCUCUCAGCCACAUCGACAAGAUGAAAAUCAACAAGCUUUAUAAAUGUGGUGGCAAAGAUGAUUACUAACCAAACUGAAUUGAGGUAAAAACAGGAAUGUACUGAAAGCUAAUAUAAUGAACUAAUGUUAAAUCAUGCAAACUAUUCAAAUAAAGAUUGAUUCAAGCUUUCUAUCAGCAUUUGUUCUGUG